CCGCGGGAGCAGCGGUGGCGGCGAGUGGAGGAGCUCGGCCCGGCUCGGCUCGGCGGCGGCGGCGGCCUGGGGUUGGGCGGGUCGUCGGACCCCUCCGAGGACAUGGCCAACAUCGCGGUGCAGAGGAUCAAGCGGGAGUUCAAGGAGGUGCUGAAGAGCGAGGAGACAAGCAAAAAUCAAAUUAAAGUAGAUCUUGUAGAUGAAAAUUUUACAGAACUAAGAGGAGAAAUAGCAGGACCUCCGGAUACACCAUAUGAAGGAGGAAGAUAUCAACUAGAAAUAAAAAUUCCAGAAACGUAUCCAUUUAAUCCCCCAAAGGUGCGGUUUAUCACAAAAAUAUGGCAUCCUAAUAUUAGCUCAGUCACUGGGGCUAUUUGUUUGGAUAUCCUAAAAGAUCAAUGGGCUGCAGCAAUGACUCUUAGGACAGUGUUGUUAUCACUGCAAGCACUCUUGGCAGCUGCAGAACCUGAUGACCCCCAGGAUGCAGUAGUGGCAAAUCAGUACAAACAAAAUCCAGAAAUGUUUAAACAGACAGCUCGACUUUGGGCACACGUGUAUGCUGGAGCACCAGUUUCUAGUCCAGAAUACACCAAAAAGAUAGAAAACCUUUGUGCUAUGGGCUUUGAUAGGAAUGCAGUAAUAGUGGCCUUGUCAUCAAAAUCAUGGGAUGUAGAGACAGCAACAGAACUACUUCUGAGUAACUGAGCCAUGUGCAGAGAACUGCUUCUGUAGCCCAGCUUGCCCUUUCUUGAGGAGCCUCACCAUCUCUUAUUUUUAGGUUUCUAUAUAGAUUCUCUUUCAAAACUGGCAUUCUUGCCUGAUGCUAUCUAGGCAUUAUUGGAGACUGAAAAAAGAAAAAAAACUGCUCUGUAAAUAAAGCUAAUUAAACGUCUGUGUAAAUUUUAAAAAGGGGGAAAUACUUUAAUUUUUUCUUACUAAAUAUUGUAAAUUCCUUGAGCUUGGCUAAAACAAUGGGGGACAACAUGCCUACUUUAGUCUUAGCAGUGUGACCCAAGACUAGAAGGAAUUUGCAUCAGGAUUUUGACUUUUAAGAAUUUAUUCAGAACACAUCUGAUUGUGUCCAUAAUCAUCAGUCACUGAUGUCACUCAUCCCAGCUACCUUACCUAUGUUUUUUUAACAUGGAUCCUACGUGCCUGUGGACCUUAUAUUUGCAUGCUUGUACUUUACAUAGACACUUUUAAAGAAAAAAAAGUAGGGUAAACUGAACAGAGCACUGUUUGAAGUACUUGAGUAUUCAUUCUUGUAACUUUUCCCUAAGACUUUCCAAAUGUGCUCAUAGAUCAAAAUGACAGCCUACUCGGAAAUGUUUUCACCUCUUAAGGAGUAGCAAUCCUCCAUUUCUUCUUUACCUCCCCCCCCCCAACUGCACAUGCAACUACAAUAACACACUAGAACCUCCAGAAUUUGUGGGUAUGUGCCAUUUAAAGUAGCCUAGUUUCCCACUUCCAAGUGGUCUAUUUUGAAUAACCAGUAAAAGUGUUUCAACCAUUGUAAUUUCUACACAAUUGUAUAAAAGGUUUGGUAUAUCUGGACAUAGCACAAGCAAGUGGAGCUGCUCUUUUGUUUCUUAUGCAGAAAUCCAACCUCUUUCAAUAAAUUCUGGAUAGAAUGAA